AUGUAUACAGUCUCAAAAGGACCAAGCAAAAUUGUAGCAAAAACCAGAAGAGGACUCUCUCAAAAUUUAGAAAGACUAGAUAGCCGUAAAGACCAUAACAGAAAAUCUUCAGAUUCAGACAAUGGAGAAAUUAUUAACAUGCCCAAGCCAGUUUUCCAUUCCAAUGGUAAAAAGACUGUACAUCAGAGAAUACAGCACCACAUUAUUACUCCACAACAUGAAGAAAUCAUUCGCUAUAUAAGUGAAACUUGGACUCAAACAGCAAAUGGAGAUAGUGAACCAUCAACACCUACUAGCACAAUUGGAUCAGGCAGCUCAUCACCAGCCCCUCCAUCGAAUCUUUACUACCAGGAUGAUACACCAAGUCCAGUACUCCAUGAUUUCAAACCCUUUGACCUCGAGACAUGGUGGGGCAAAAGGCUUUUCCAAAACAUCACAAACUCUCUUUGA